AUGGCACCCCAAGACCGCAGGAGCGCCCAGACCCCAAGACCAGGACACCACGCAGGCCCAAGGACCCAGGGCGGCAAUGGCCGGCACCCCCAGAGAGCCAGAGACACACCCCAGAUGGGCGGGGCAGGAGGGCCUGCCCACCCACCGCCCGAUGCGGACCGCCCCCCCACCCCCACCCAUGGAUGCACCCAGGGACCGCCCCCGACCCAAGGAGCCAGGCGCGGGGGCCCGGCACCGCCCCUGGGGAGAGAACCAGCACUGCACCGGAUGGGCCCGCACCAGGCUCCGGCCACCAGCAGACGCUGGACUGGACAGGGACCGCGAAGGGCCACCCGCCCGAACCCCCCAGGACGGGCCCCCACCAACACACAGGAGAGAGCGGUCCACCACGAGCAGUCAAUCCCCCAUCGGGACCCCUUAGCAGAGGGCCCAAAAACCACAGCCGGUCAGGAGGCAGAACCCCGGCAGGAACCCACAGAGCCCCCAGGGCGCCACCCGGCCCACCCGCCACAGGGCCACGGGACCCCCCAGACACUGGGAACCCAGCAACACCACCAUGAUCACCCAUGGACAGCGGGCCAGGCGGGCUCCAAGGAAACCCAGCUGGCCCCCACCCAACCCUGCCCCCCAAGCAACUGCAGCGUCAGGCCCCCGCAAUGGUCCCGACCUGGGCCACACCGCCCGCAGCAAAUCGACCCCCAGCAGAAGGAUGAGGCGCACCACCAGGGUGCACGGGCGACGGGCCCCACCCAGCCCCCCCGAACCCUGAUGCGCAGGAGCACAGGCCAACCCGCAACCCCGCCAGUACCCCCCCAGACCGCCACAGACCCAAAGCCGUACCCCCAGCCCAUCCGACCUGCCCCCCACCGCCGGCCGCACACCAACGGGCAGGCCCACACUGCGCAGCACCAGAACACCCCCCCGCGGGCAGCACCCAGCCCCCACACCAGGCCCCCCAGCCUGUGGCAUAUGCUCACAGGCUGA